AUGGAUAAGAAGGUGGCCAUCGUGGGAGCUGGGAUCAGUGGCCUUCUUGCCUGCAAGUACACUCUUUCGAAGGGCUUCCGUCCCAUUGUUUUUGAAUCCACUAGCACCAUUGGAGGCGUAUGGACCAAGACUGUGGAGACUACAAAGCUCCAAACUCCUAAAGCAUUCUACCAAUUCUCAGAUUUUCCAUGGCCAUCUUCAGUGGAAGAGGACCAUCCCAACCACAAUCAGGUAUUAGAAUACAUAGAGUCGUAUGCUCGCCAUUUCGAUUUGGUCAGGCACAUCAAGUUCAAUACAAAAGUGUGUGGCAUGGAGUUUGAAGGCCCAUCUGAGGAUGAGAUGCAAUCUUGGAGUCUUUGGGGUGGCACUGGAGAGCCUUUCAGCUCAGAAGGGAAAUGGAAAGUUAUAGUAGAAGAGAAGCAAAGCCUGUCAAGUAAGACUUAUCUGGUAGACUUUGUGAUCCUCUGCAUCGGACGAUUCAGCGAUGUUCCAAACAUUCCUGAAUUCCCUCUGAACAAGGGACCGGAAUCAUUUCAUGGAAAAGUUAUACACUCCAUGGACUAUGCCAAUAUGGAUUAUGAAAGGGCAGCUAAAUUUGUGACAGGAAAGCAAAUAACAGUUGUUGGGUCUCAGAAGUUUGCAAUUGACAUUGCAAUGGAAUGUUCAAAUGCUAAUGGGAUAGAAAAUCCAUGCACAUUGUUGUACAGAACAGAACACUGGAAUAUUCCAGACUACUUUCCAUGGGGUAUGUCUUUAGCAUUACUCUACUUCAAUCGCUUCUCCGAGCUCUUGGUUCAUAAGCCUGGCGAAGGCUUCCUGCUCAGUCUCCUUGCAACACUGCUGUCUCCUCUGAGAUGGAUGUUUUCAAAAUUUGUGGAAACAUAUGCAAGUAAGAAGCUUGGAUUAUACAAGUAUGGGAUGAUACCUAAGCAAAGUUUCCUUCAAGAUAUUAGUUCUUGUGUGGUUGCCAUAGUCCCUGAAAAGUUCUUUGAUCGAGUCCAAGAGGGAAGCAUCGUAUUGAAGAAAUCAUCCGCUAGCUUCGGCUUUGUCGAAGAAGGCAUUCUGGUUGAGGGGGAUGCAUCUACUCUGAUCAAGACGGAGUUAGUCAUAUUGGCAACAGGGUUUAGAGGUGAAAAGAAGCUUAAAGACAUCUUUGUGUCUCCUACCUUUCAGGACUAUAUAACGGGACCGAAGGACGCGAUAUUGCCCCUCUACAGGCAAUGCAUACAUGGACGAAUUCCACAACUAGCUGUAAUCGGAUUCUCUGAGAGUAUCUCAAACUUGUACACCUCUGAGAUGAGAUGCAGAUGGCUAGCAGAGCUCCUUGCCGGCACGUUCAAGGUACCUAGCAUAAAAGAGAUGGAGAAAGAUGUGAAGAAAUGGGACAAAUAUGCAAAGCAAUAUGCGGGAGAGUACUACCGAAGAUCAUGCAUCGGUGCCCUUCAUAUAUGGUACAAUGACCAAUUGUGCAAGGACAUGGGAUGGAGCCACAAAAGGAAGAAGGGAAUGUUUGCAGAACUAUUUGAGCCCUAUACUCCAAUGGAUUAUGUUUCCCCUUAA